AUUUAAAUUUCUAAACUCUCUCUCUCUCUCUCUCUCUCUCUCUCUCUUCGAUGCUUCAACCUCUCAUCCAUCCAAUCUCCUUGUCCCUUCUCCUUUCACUCCCCAACGUUCUCUCUCCGAAAACAAAAAUUCAUCUCCAUUCCCUUCUCCCAAUCUCUUCCUCCCCUGCACCAAAACCCUCAUGGAAUUCAAACACCAAUCUAAUCAUCACCAACCCAGUCCUCUCCAUCAUGGAAUCUUGCAAUUCCAUGUCCCAAUUGAAGCAAAUCCAAGCCCACAUGACCCGCACCGGCCUAAUGGCCCACCGUUUCCCAGCAAGCCGUGUCCUCGCCUUCUGCGCUCUAUCCGAGUUUGGUGAUCUAAACCAUGCCCGCCUCGUCUUUGCCCAGAUCCAUGUACCCAAUAUCUAUAUGUGGAAUACCAUGAUUCGGGGUUACGCGAAAUCAAAGCAUCCCAAAAUGGGAUUUUCUCUGUUCCGCCGGAUGCUUCAAGAUCAAAUUGAAAUGGACAGGCGUACCUUCGUCUUUGCUCUCAAGACCUGCGAGCAGUUUCGGGAAAUCAUUGAGGGAGAAAGCCUUCAUUGUUUGAUUUUUAAAAUGGGUUUUUAUUCGGAUUUGUUGGUGAGAAAUGGGUUGAUGCAUUUUUAUGUGAAACAUGGUUUAUUGGUUUCAGCGCGCCAUCUGUUCGAUGGAAGCUCUGAAAGAGACGCUGUUUCAUGGACUACUAUGAUUGAUGGGUAUGCUCAAAAUAAUCUUCCGGAUGAGGCUUUGAAGUUCUUUUACUUGAUGGUUUCAGGAAAUGUCAAACCGAAUGAGGUUACCAUGAUUACGGUUCUGUCAGCUUGCUCUCAACUGGGAAUUCUGAGUUUGGGGAGAUCGAUUCAUGAAUAUAUAAACACAAAUGGUGUAAAUCAGAGUGUAAAUUUGCUAAACUCAUUGGUGGAUAUGUAUAUGAAGUGUGGGUGUUUGGAUAUUGCUAGAGAGGUGUUUGGCACGAUGGAAGUAAAGGAUGUCUUUUCAUGGACUAGUAUGAUUAAUGGGUGUGCAAAAUGUGGAGAUUUAAGCCUUGCAAGAAGGUAUUUUGAUGAGAUGCCCAAAAGGAAUGUGGUCUCUUGGAAUGCUAUGAUUGCUGGUUAUUCACAGACGAAUCAACCAAAGGAAGCAAUUGAUAUUUUUCAUCAGAUGAAGGCAUCAGGUUUAGGGCCGACGGAGAGUACUUUGGUUAGCGUGCUCUCAGCGUGUGCUCAGUUGGGCUGCUUGGAUCUUGGUAUGUGGAUCAAUCACUAUUACAUUGAUCAAAAAAGAGUCAAGUGUAGUGUAAUUUUGAUGAAUGCACUAGUUGACAUGUAUGCUAAAUGCGGGAGCAUCAAUACAGCCACAAGUUUGUUUGAUGAGAUGCUCGAGAGGGAUUUGGUGUCUUGGAAUUCCAUGAUUGCAGCAUAUGCUGUUCACGGUUAUGGGGAGAAGGCUCUUGUCCUCUUUGAGCAAAUGAAGAGUGAGGGUGUAAUGCCGGAUGAUAUCACAUUCAUCGGUGUCUUGUCUGCAUGUAGUCAUAGUGGACUGGUUAUCAAAGGCCGUGAGUAUUUCAUUAACAUGAGAAAUGUGUUUGGUGUGGAACCAAAGGUGGAACAUUACGCAUGCAUGAUUGAUCUGUUUGGUCGACUUGGGCUCCUAGAAGAGGCCUAUGAGUUGAUAACGAGCAUGCCGAUGGAACCUGAUGAAGCUGGGUGGGGUGCGCUUCUUAAUGCCUGCAGAAUGCAUGGGAAUGUGGAGUUAGGAAAGCUUGUGGCAGAUAAACUUUUAGAUUUGGACCCAGACGAUAGUGGUAUUUAUGUUCUAUUAUCUAAUAUGUAUGCUACUCGAAACAGAUGGGAGGAUGUAAAGAUGGUGAGACGGAUGAUGAGAGGCAGGGGAGUUAAGAAGACUCCUGGUUGUAGCUCAAUAGAGGUGGAUGGUAGGUUCCAUAAAUUCUUGGUUGCUGAUAAGUCGCACCCAUUAUCUAGAGAAAUAUAUUUGAUAUUGGAUGGAAUGUUCCUUGAGUUAAAGCUGGAAGGUUAUGUGCCAAAUACAUCCCAGUUAAUGGGUUUGAAACAGGUUAGUGAUGAUCCCAUUUUAACUAGAAGACAGAUGAUAUCUCAUGGUUAAUUUAUAUUUCAAUCCCAUUCUUUAUAGCAUUGUAAGCUGCUUCACAAUCAGUUCAAGACAAUCCAACAACGAUUGCUGCAAUUGUAGGCAGAUGUUCUACUUCUCAAUCAUCCAACUCUGUUAGGCAACAGGACCUUCCAGAGCACUCCUAGUUAAUGGAUUGAUCUUAAUGUAAGCACAAGUUUCCACCACAUGAUGGCAUAAAUGUAGAAUUAGUAUCCAGUUAGGAGUGAUGAAUGUGAACAGUUAGAUUUCCAAGCUUUGGUUA